AUGCCUCCACGACUCCAACGCUUCAGAAUGAGAAUGAUGAGAUUUGAUGCAGAGACAUUGUAUAUUCCAGGAAAACAGCAGACAUCCGCUGACGCCUUGUCACGAGCGCCAGUAGAGAGGCCAGGAAUGGAUGAUGUCAACUUCGUAGAUGAGGUUGAAUCAUAUGCAUCAACAUCAGCCAUCAACCUCCCAGUGACAAUGCAGAGAUUUGAGGAAAUCAGAAAUGCACAAAAAGCAGAUGAAGUAUGUGCAAAAAUCAGAGACUACUGUGUUCAAGGAUGGCCAGACUACAUGCCACAUAACCCGAUCCUCAAACACUACUAUGAGCAGAGAGGACACCUGAGUGUGGUAGAGGACUUGCUUAUCUACGACGAGAGAAUAGUCAUUCCGAGAGCUCUGCGACUUGAUAUCCUUGAGAGGCUACAUCAAGGACAUCUGGGAAUCACCAAAUGCAGAGCCAGAGCCAGAGAUUCAGUGUGGUGGCCAGGUCUAUCAAAAUCAUUGGAGGAAAUGAUUUCAAGCUGCUUGACCUGUGCUAUCCAUCGCCAAGAGGUCCGCGAGCCUUUGAUGAGCUCAUCCUUUCCUUCAAGGCCAUGGGAGCGUCUUGGAAUGGACCUGUUUGAACUCAAAGGGAAAUCAUUCCUGAUAGUAGUUGACUACUACUCGAGGUGGAUUGAGGUCAAACAACUCCAAGGUCAGUCAACAAUGGCAGUGAUUUCUUCGCUGAAGGAGAUCUUUGCAGUCCAUGGGAUUCCAGACCUUGUGGUUUCAGACAAUGGUCCACAGUUCGCCAACGAGAACUUCAGAAAGCUUGCUGAAGAGUAUGGAUUCGUCCAUACAACCAGCUCUCCAAGAUACCCACAAGCUAAUGGUGAGGCUGAAAGAGGAGUUCGCACUGUGAAAGCGUUGCUGAAGAAGAACGACGACAUCCAGUUAGCCCUUCUCAGCUAUCAAGCGUCACCACUCCAAAACGGGUUAGCUCCUUGUGAACUUCUCAUGGGGAGGAGAUUGCAGACUCAGGUUCCUAUUUUGCCGCACAUGCUGCUGCCACGGGUACAACAGCCGGACCUGACGACUGUGAGAGAGAAAGAGGAGAAGUACAGGUCAGAUCAAAUGAUGACCUACAACAGACGUCAUGACUCACGUGAGCUUCCAGAGCUACAACCAGGAGAUUCCGUGUGGAUCCGUGAUCAGUCUCGCUACGGGAAAGUCACCCAGAAAGCGCAACAACCACGGUCCUACCAUGUCCAGACAGAACAUGGGACAGUACGUCUUAAUCGCCGUGCACUGAUUGCUGUCCAAGGUCAACCCACCAAGACCAGAGUGCCGGAGUCAUCCAUGAGCAACGAUCCAGAGAGACCUGACGAUUCUGAUGAAAGCGACUCAAUCGGUUCCCAACGUAACCAGCAGAUCAACCGGAAGCAGCCUGAGGGAGCCUCUACACCAACAGCUGCGACAGAGACGCGAACGCAGUCUGGACGACUCGUGAAACCACCAAAGCGACUGUCCAUGUAA